CGAAUUACGCGAUACGUUUGAUGGCUAUUAAACGUAGAACGGAACAAGACACGUCGUCGAGAAGGAGAAUUCUUCAUUUCCAUCACGUAUAUACCGUGGCAAUCUGACGUGUCUCUCUAUUAUGGAUGCUGCGACGCAAAUCCACGUGGCACCAAACGCAUGUUUUCAUAUCUCUUCGGAAAGACUUUUACUUGAUAAUCGGUAUCAUGGAUGUGCCAAAUGCAACACCUAUGGUACCAGCAGCCUCGUUGGAGUUGAAAACAAGGAGAGCUCAGUUCCAAACGCAAACGUCGACCUUGGACACGAGAAGAAGACAAGCGGUUUGUGUUAGAAGGGCAUGUAAAAAGUAUGGACCGAAAAAAAAUUCGAAUAUUGUACUUGACGGGCUCAACAUGACAGUGCCUAAAGGCACAAUUUAUGGUUUGCUUGGUGCCAGUGGUUGUGGAAAAACCACUUUAUUAUCCUGCAUCGUUGGCCGAAGACGUCUUAAUUCUGGAGAAAUUUGGGUACUAGGUGGUAGGCCAGGAUCGAAGGAAUCAGGUGUUCCAGGUCCACGAUUAGGAUACAUGCCACAAGAAAUUGCGCUUUACAGUGAAUUUUCGAUAAAAGAAACGUUUAUAUAUUUUGGCUGGAUCGCAGGUAUGACGACCGAACAGGUUGACGAAAAAUUGGAAUUCCUUUUGAAGUUCUUGGAAUUACCAUCGGAAAAUCGUUUUAUAAAGAAUCUUUCUGGUGGACAACAGAGAAGAGUUUCCUUCGCUGCAGCGUUACUGGCCGAUCCAGAACUCUUAAUUCUGGAUGAGCCAACCGUAGGAGUUGAUCCUGUAUUACGUCAAAAUAUUUGGGAUCAUUUGGUUCAUCUAACGAAAGAUGGUCAAAAAACAGUCAUUAUAACGACGCAUUAUAUCGAGGAGACCAGACAAGCUAGUAUAAUUGGACUGAUGAGAGGAGGUAAAUUUCUUGCUGAAGAAUCACCGAACAAGUUGAUGGAAAUGCAUAGAUUGGAUACUUUGGAGGAAGUCUUUUUAAAACUCAGCAAACGUCAGAACAUGGGUCUCAGAAGGAGAAGUAGUAUUCUCAGUAGUGUUACAGGUGUUCCACCGGAAGCUGACGCUGAUGACGAGAUGAGUGGCGAGUUUGGUGACAACGUUAGUAUUUCUAGUCGAAGAAGGAGCAUAGUCGUUAUGGAUGACGGAAAUUUACCGGAAUUACCACCAGAGGAAAAAGGUUCAUUUAAGUUUAACAUGUUAAAUCCACAACAUAUGAAGGCGCUCAUCUGGAAGAACUUUUUAUGGAUGUGGAGAAAUGUUGGCAUGAUGGCGUUCAUCAUUGGUUUACCAGUAAUACAGAUCGUCUUAUUUUGUAUCUCUAUCGGAAAAGAUCCCAUUGGUUUGAAAAUAGCGAUCGUAAACAAUGAACUCAAGAACAGUACGGACAUAUGUGUACCAACGAUUAGCUGUGAUACGUCACAACUCAGUUGUCGUUUCUUGGAUCAUUUAAAAAAUAAAUCCUUGGUCUUUUUACCUUAUGAAACUGAAGAAGAAGCCGAGUAUGCCGUUCAAAGGGGCUGGGCUUGGGGUGCCAUAUCAUUCCCAGCAAAUUAUUCGGAAGCUCUAAUUGCAAGGAUAAAAGAUGGCAAAGAUGUGCAUGAUUGGGAUCUUGUAUACUCGGCCAUGGACAUCGUUAUGGAUAUGUCGAACCAACAAAUCGGCCAGCUCUUGCAAAGAAAUAUAUUGUAUUCCUAUUUAGAUUUUGCUCGUGAAGUUACUAUUGCAUGUAAUUACAGUGAAAAAUUGACCAACAUACCUUUAGAUUUUAGAACACCGAUCUAUGGACCUCUAGAUCCAAAUUUUACUGACUUUGCAGCACCAGGAAUUAUUUUGACUAUCAUCUUUUUCCUAUCGGUUGCUCUCACGUCGGGAGCCAUGUUACUAGAAAGGAACGAAGGUUUAUUGGAGAGAAGUUUGGUUUCUGGUGUGACUGGUCCUGAAAUACUAUUCGGUCAAGUGAUAACACAAUUUAUGGUCAUGACUGGACAAACUAUAAUGGUAUUGAUCUUCACCUUCGCUGUAUUCAAACUUACUUGCGAGGGUAAUAUCGGUUGGGUUUCAUUGUUAACUAUACUUACAGGAUUAUGUGGAAUGUGUUUUGGAUUUGUUAUAGCAUGUUUUUGUGAGAAUGAAAGAAGUGCAACUUACGUUGCAAUGGGAUCCUUCUUACCAAUAGUUAUGUUAUGUGGAAUAAUUUGGCCAGUCGAAGGAAUGCAUCCCGUUCUUAGGUAUAUCAGCUUCGUUUUGCCAUUGACGAAGAGUACCGAAUCAAUGAGGACUAUGUUAGCCAGAGGCUGGAAUAUGUCACAAUCUUCAGUCUACAAUGGUUUCAUUGCCACUUUUAUUUGGAUUACUAUAUUCCUUACUCUCGCGAUAUUGUUAAUUAAAUUUAAGAAGGGAUAGUUAAUUAAACUUAAGAAGGUAUAUAUAUA